AUGAGAAGGCAGCAGUCUGGGCUCGCUUGCGAGGAAUGUCGUCGACGGAAAGCACGAUGCGAUCGUGUGCGUCCUCAGUGUGGUAUAUGCACUGAUGCAGGCCGUACUUGCAUCGUCGUCGAUAAAAGGUCUCCACGAGGGCCCAAGAAGGGGCAAUUAAAGGAUUUGCGAUAUCGAUUAGGUGAAUGGGUUACCACAGCGGUGAUCGAACAACAACUGAUCAAUCAGAACCAGCCCCUUGACAGUCACAUAUUACCAGACUCAAAUAGAGGGAGCCUGGAACGAGAAGCGUCAAAUGAACUUCACUGUGAAGGUGGCAUGAUAGGAUGCGACACGGAUGAGUUGCAAAUGUUGAACUUUGCUUCAUCUGAAAAUAUCUCCGUGUCUGACGGGCAGGAAGCAAUUGACUGGACGAUGGCGUAUGAUUGUCGGAAUGAGAGAUCGAGCACUUGGAACAAUCUCGAUAUGAGCAACCCUCGACCAUGUCUCAUCACGCCCAUUUCGCCCGUUCAAACCUCCGCAAGGGAGAUGGCGCCCAAGGGGGAGUUGGAUAUGUCCGAUCUCAUGCAAGCUGAUCUGGAUCUCCUAUACUUUGAGCGAGUCCAUCCUAUUGUCCCGAUGAUACACAAACGACGCUAUCUUUCAUGGGCUAAUGAGAAAACGGUCUCACCUGCCCGAGCUUGCUUGCGCUCAGCCAUGCGCACCAUCGCUGCCGCCAUGUCCGCUCAGUUCUGCGCGUUUUCCGAUAAACUCUAUGCCUGUACCCGAAGUAUGCUGGAGAUGCAAGACGUACAAGGCGAAAACGGUUUGCCAUGGAUGACAACUACUAGAGCGUCCCGCCGCCGGAUUGAACGCGAGAUGAUCCAGGCAUGGCUCUUACUUGCCCAUUGCGAGUUCUUACGCAAGCCUGAGCAGGACGCUCUCCUCGCCUCGACCAGGGCCUUUAGGCUUCUCCAGCUCUCGCGUCUAUUUGAUAUUGAUAUACACGAUGAUGAGACCUCGCCGAAUGAGAACUCGGGAUCCUGUCCGUCAGUUUCUCCUUCCACGACGCAGAAUCCCCCAGAUGAAGCGUGGAUAGAGACCGAAGAAAAACGGCGAACGCUGUGGACGGCCUUUGUCCUUGACUGUUUAUCCAGUAUGCUUAGCGAUCGACCAUCGAUGCUGCACGAAGAUAUGAUAAACACACGUCUUCCAAUGCCCGAGAGGGAUUUUCAAAGUGGCCAGCGACCAGUCCCCAUGGGCUUUCUACCUGAAACAAUGGGCAAGACCAGCGAGUGCGAGACACUUUCCUCUUUUGCCCGCUGCGUUGUGUUCGCGAACCUUUUCGGGCGUUGCAUAGCACACCGGCGACUCGCACAGUCAGUCUCUCUCCCAGAGUCUGGCUCGGAGUCAAAGUCACGGCAUUUUUGGAUGAGGCACGAAUGGCUGGCCGCGGCCGCCGCCCAUGCAACGAGGCCGAUACCACCGACACAAGCCCCCAAUGAGUCUAAAUCGGAGACCGCAAAGUGUGAUCCAUUGGCUGCUUUCAACCGUAUCCUCGCCUACAGUGCGUGCAUAUCCCUUAGCGAGACGGCCGAAGCAAGGGCAUGGGAGACCCUCGACGAUCACACGUUGGCUUUGUCAUAUAGACAGGUAGCCAGCCAAGCCGCAUACGAAAUCGCUCUACUUAUUCAAAAGGCGCCUCGAAUUGCUUUCUUUAAGAUGCAUCCUAUGCUUCCUAAUGCAAUAUACUUGGCUGCCAAGUUUCUCAGAGCUACGACGCCAAACUUCGCGACUCCAGCGGCACAUGACCACAAUAGCAUUCACCAUCUACUCGUCGCCCUGGGAUAUCUCAGCAAUGUCAAUAAUCUGGCCCGAGACCUUCUCGUCAAAGCUAAAGCGGACAUUGGGGAAAAUGCACUGAUAGCAACUGAAGUGACGGGGCCAAAUUGGGAUGCGUUAAAAUUGGCGAUACAUCUAGACGUAUAG